AUGGAAAAGGAAUUGAUGAAAAAAAAAUCUGGUCUUCCUCCUAUGCCUAUUUUUAUGCCAGGUCAAGCAAGCAAACGCAACAUAGUUAGAAGGAAGGACUAUUCACCUGUUUACUGGGACAAGUAUUUUGACACUAAGCUGGACGUGUCAACAGAUGUUGGUGAUACAUUCAGGGUCUAUGAAAGAGGGCACGAUGGACCAGUAUUAUUUCUUCUUCAUGGUGGAGGCUUUUCAGCCCUCUCAUGGGCAUUGCUAUCGACUCAUGUGACAGCACUUGUAAAGUGUAGGUGUGUUGCUGUUGAUUUGAGAGGUCACGGUGAUUCUGUAACAUCUGAUGACAGUAAUCUGAGUGCAGAGAAAAUGUCAAGUGAUGUUGGAAAAAUUAUUUCUAGUUUGUACAAAGAUAAUCCGCCACCCAUAAUAUUGGUUGGUCACAGUAUGGGAGGAGCUAUUGCUGUUCAUGCAGCUUUCAGAAACUUGGUCCCGUCUCUAAUAGGCCUUGCUGUCAUUGAUGUUGUUGAAGGAACAGCCAUGGAAGCUUUGUCAAGCAUGCAGACUUUUUUAAGGGGAAGACCAAAAUUGUUUGACACCAUGGAAACUGCUAUAGAAUGGGCUGUAAGAAGUGGACAAAUUCAGAAUGUUGAAUCUGCAAGAGUUUCAAUGGUUGGUCAAUUAAAAAGUGUAUCAACAAAUGAAACCGGCUCUAUGGAACUAGAACACCAGCACUUUAGUAUUACUGAUUCCAUAGAAGAAGAGCCAUCUGAUUAUGAGGUACCUGAAGCUUCAUCAGCAUCACUAACUGAAAAUUUUAAGACUCCUGUCAAUUCUAAUCAGGACCACAAAUAUACUUGGAGAAUUGAUUUGUCAAAAACAGAAAAAUUCUGGACAGGAUGGUUUGAGGGUUUGUCACAGAAGUUUCUGUCUUGCAGUGCUCCAAAGAUGCUUAUUUUAGCAGGCCCAGAUAGACUGGACAGAGAUUUGACAAUUGGACAAAUGCAAGGAAAAUUCCAAAUGAACUUGUUGCCUCAGUGUGGACAUGCAGUACAUGAGGAUGUUCCUGACAAGGUUGCUGAUGUUUUGGCCAGUUUUAUGCUUAGACAUAAAGUUGCAGAACCCAUAGGGAAUUUUGAAAGAACCAUGCCAGGAUGUUGA